AUGCGGUUGUCAAAGCUGCUGCUGCAAGGCAGUGCGCCGGUUUCGUUGAUCGGUGACUUGUCCAUUCAUGCGUGUGUCGGCGUUAUUCAAAGCCCCAGUCGCGGUAUGCUCCAAGGAGAGCCGGAGUGGUCGUGCAAGCUGCUCUUGACGGAGUGUGGUAGCCCUGCACAGUGGCCCCCAGCCCUCCGUACAGUAGCGACGCAGCAGGUUUUUCGCCUGCGAUGCCGAGGAGUAGCCAUGGCAGGAUACUGCUUCGCAAAUCUGAGGGAGGGGGAAGUCGUUCACGUGGUAUCAAAGCUCGUUCACAAACCUAGGUACAUAACUGUUCAUGGCACCUACUUCACUGCCACAGAGUUGCUAGUGACGGACUCACUAGGCUCGAUUGUAUCGGUUGCUCAGCUGGUUUAA